CUUCUUCUUCUUCUUCUUCUUCUUUUGUUUAUUUUUUUCAUAAGGUAUACAUCCGCUAUUCGAUGUGAUGUCACUCUUCCUCAAAAGUCUACUCCAGAUUGCAAGAUCGUAAGAAAAGCUGCCCUUGCUGAAAACAAGAAGACGUGGACUUUAAAACAUGAUCCAGAUGUGUAUGGCUUCGCCCGUUUGAACAUGACCCCAACGCAGCUAGCUGCUAUUGUUUUUAAGGACCCCUUUACUAGAUACUACACUACAGCAUACACGCAGACCCUGAAGACAAAUGAGAAAGUUUUGACACAGUACAUCAACCAGACCUUGGGGCAGCCAAUCAACGACUUCUCAGAAUAUCUUGCGAUGUCUGAGUUUUUCCAGACGGUACUGGAGCCUCUUGUGGGGGUAAUCACUGUGUUAUUGUUUUCUUCGACUUUGCGUUGCGAAAUCCAUUGUGUUCUUCCAGUGGGGGGUUACUCUCCCAAUAUUUGGGUAGAGGUAGGCAGCUGAGGGUUUAAAACCCUGACCUGGUUUAGGAGGAAAAAAAUCCGAAAAUCUACCCUGCUUAGGACAACACCCUGAAAUUGUAUUGCCUUGUUUAGGACAAACGACAAAAUGAACACUAUCUUAUUUUAGCCAUUUAUUGGCAAUUGCAAUUACGAAAUUCACGUUAUAGUCAUUCCUUUUGAAGACUUACAGUACAGCACAAACAAAUUUCAUCAAAAUAAUCAACUCAUGCAAUCGUGCUGGCAAUACUCUGUUCCUGUCAAUAAUUAGGACAGACUUGCAGCAAAUUAUAUUUCACUGACAAGGAAUGUGGAAUCCAGUCCCUGGAAUCCAGAUUUGACAGCGUGAAAUCCAGGAAGCAAGACCGGGGCCCACCUAGCCCUCCCCUAAGCCAACAUUAUACUUACUUCUCACGUUGGCUUAGGGAAGGGGUAGGUGAGGUGACUUAAUAUUUCAUAUAGUGGAAAUACAAGCUGAUCACGGGUGAAGAAAAAAAAGGUCAGUCAACCUCUAAUUACCUAUAUGUCGUUACAGGAAUACGCCACGCUAGCUUCAAGGCACGAAGCUUUUAUUAACGACAAGACGAAAUGGAUAAGCGACAAAUACUUCACCCAGCAACGCCUAGCUGGGACUAACCCAAUGUCACUCCAACGCGUGACAGUUCAUGAACGAGGUAAGGCUGCCGCAAAAUGCUUAGUGCGGGGGGGGGGGUGGGUGGCGUUGGUGGUAAUCAACAAAGUUUUAUACGGGGAAGCACUGUCCCGACGUUCAACCCCUUAACCGUUUAUAUAAGACUAUGAGUAAAUCCCAAAGCCAUUACGUUUUCUCGAAUUUUUCAAGGCCGUAAAAUACAUCUGUUAGCCCAUUUACAGACCGAGAUGACAGAUUUCGCUACCCUUUCAUAUACUUGAAAAAGUGAAAUCCCUAGCCCUUCAUACACCUGAAGCUGGAGGAAGUACACCUUUCGGGUGGAGUUUCCCCGUAUAGGCCAUUAUAGGGAGUACCCCCUUCCUAAGUGCCUAGUUCAUAAGAGUAUUUCAGUUGAAGCGAUGCUUACCAUCAAAUCUUAUCAAGUUCAACCAAUGCUCUGUCUCAAACUUUUGAAUAUGAAUGGUGCUGUAGUUUAUGUUGGAAGCUCCCUGAUCUUGCACAACCGUGGUAAAACCACGGUUGUAGAAGAUAUAAUCAAAAGAAAUUUAUAAAAAACAGGAUGUUAAAAGAAUUUAGCAGACGUAAACAUGAAGGUAAUCACUAGCCGUGUGAAGAAAUCUUGGCUACUAUAACUUUGCUACUAUAUAUGCCAUGAAAGAGAAAUUCACCACAGACACAUUAAAAGUGAUGAUUUCAACAAACCCCAAAGAACUUCAUGCAACAGACGUAAGCGGAGGUCGGUGUAUAAAUGAAAUGGGCAUGCACGGCAUUGUGGUUAAAAAUCCAGAUGCAUCGUGGUUAGAUAUCGAAAUUUUUUGUCCCUGUACAGAUAGAUCUGCUGCUCGCUCGCUACAGGCUCGCUCACACGGCAGCAAUUAUUGAAGUUAAUUGCUGUUAUUGUAACAAUAAAAACAGAGGCUUCGCUUUUAGCCUUGGCUAAAUCUAUAAAUCAUAGCUGAAGCCUGCAAAAAGUACCCCUUUCUCGCGGAGCCUCCCCGUAUAGGCAAUCAUAGGGAAUACCCCCUGGAAUUUAUUUCAGUCAUAUGACUAAUAAUGCCUACCUGUAUUCUGCGUGGGAGACUAGGUGGGCGCUGCAAGGUGAAAACAACUGAUGGCAGAUGCUGCCGUUUUCCAUUCAAAUACUGGUUUAAAAUAUACAGGACGUGUACCAUAAAAAAUCACUACAGGCCAUGGUGUAAAACCUACAGAGGAUUUCCAAGAUGGGGAAACUGCAAAGGUGAACUUCAGUCGUCAAAUAUUACUAUUAAGUACUAUUGCUUAUUAACAGUCAGCACUCAGUCGCUGAUGACACUCAGUCUAAAUUAACGGUCGUCGACGUAAGGUUUUUUUUUUUUCAUAUGCUCCAGCCUGCUUAGGACAAUUGCAGCUUUUGCCCUUUUAUAUCUAUUAAGUACACUUGAGCACUGAAAUUUAUAGACUAUAUAGAGGACUCAUGAUCAAGCCCCGGUAAUGUCUACGGCACUUAAGAAGUGUUUAAAAAACUCUACGGAACUAAACUGAACUGAACUAGUCAUUGUAGUUGGGAAUUUAAUUACUUUAUAUCAUUCCUUAUUUUUUCAUAUCAUUCCAAGUUCAUGAAAAGCCUGCAAAGCCUGCGCUAGUAGGUUUGGAUUGGAGCAAACUGAAGGAAACGCUAAACCCUAACUUUGACUGCGAUGCCGCUGUACAAGCUGUUCUUUCAAGACGUUACACUUUGAAAAAGGUAUGAGGUCUCUUCAACGGUCUGUUAAUAUAUAGGUAGUCCACCAAGCGACAGUUAAUAGAUUGGAAUGGUUAUGAGGUCCGUCAGACUUUGUUAAUGUUUUAGUGGAAAUGGUGGUAGGCUCUAUUACCAGCCGCUUUUCGGGAAAUGUGAAUGCGCUCCUCCCACGAACAGUCUCUUCUUGGGAAGGACCGAGGGAGCGGGUAGUGCUUGGUGUAAGACUGCCCAAAACGUCCCGAGCGGCGAAAAUCUAGCCUAACUUGGAGGUGCACAAAGUUCAAAAGCAUCCCUAUUACUUUGAUCUUACUGACCAAUAAAAAUCGUCACAUUGUUAUAUUCCGUCACAAUUUGUGAACAGAAGGCAAAAGAUUAAGUACUAUUAUAAUUGAGUUCUCGAAACUGAAAAAAAAAACUAUAAAUACGGCUGGCUGAGAGCAUCAUCUCUGGUUGAUGACAAUUUUUAAGGAGCGGGGAAGGAUGGUAAAUGCCAAUUGGCGUUUAGCUGCGAAUGAGAUAGAAACGGGGGAUUUAUUGGAGAGAAGGCUAAAGUCUGUUUGACUUCUGGUGGUAACGGUGUGCAACGGAGCUUUUUAUUUACUUCAUAUCUUGCUUAAAAUAGGAUUAACCACUCUUGAAAAGGGAAAACUAUUUGAUAUUUUUAUCAUUAUUUAUUUAUUUAUUUGUUUAUUUAUUUAUUUUGUUUUUCAGGCCGUAGAUCAGGGAAGAAUCUAUGCUCUUCGUUACGAACUGUGCGACGGGUUGGCGAGAUCACCUGAUCUUACAGACAAAGAUCCUCGACGCGAAAUGUGGAACUUUUUUUCUCCUAUAGCUCUGUUUGCAUCUAAGCCCAUUAGCCAGAGAAAAAACGAGCUUCUUCCAGUGGCUAUUCAAAUGGAUUUUACUCCUGGUAUGUAUGAGCCUUUUUUCUAUUGACAAGAAUCUACACCGAAAAAAAUUAAAUCCUUUUACGUCAAAUAGUUCAUGUAUUAGACCGCGAGUGGUUUCUCAGAGUCACGCGCAUGGAGUGAAACAAAAAGGCAAAUAAACGGUAAAAGAGGAGGAGAGAUUAGGGCAGAGAGAGAAGAAGGAACGCUUAUUUUUCGUUCGCAGGGACAUCUGCCUUCGUUCCUCAAACCGUUUUUCGACAAGGAGGCUCCGCCCUAAGUUUCUCUUCCAUCCCCCUGUUUUGGUAGGAAAGUACCCCUUUCGUAUAUCUUCUAUUGAAAAAUGGUACCCUUCCACAUAACCUGUUUAGAACUUUACGUCCCUUUCAACCUUUUGCAAAUACGCUCUUCUUAAGAUAUGAAUGACCUCAAACCAGAACGUUUUCUCGAUUUUUUUCGCAGCCAUACAGACCAAAAUGACAUAAUUCCCUACCCUUUUCAAUUAUGCUUCUACUAGUAAAAUUCCUACCCUUUCAUAUACCCAACGCCUAAAAAAGGUAUCCCUCUCGGGCGUAGCCUCCUCGUAUAGCCCAUUAUAGGGAGUAAUCUCCCCAACCCCGGGUUAGCAAUCUCACCCAGCUACGCUGCCUCUCAUGAUAUCAGUGAUAUCAGUGACAUUGCACAUAUCAAGAGAUGUCAACUGGUAAAGUGGUGUUUGUAAACUUUGCUUAGAUUCAGCAGUUUACACUCCAAAUGACGGAGACAAUUGGAUGAUGGCCAAGCUCAACGUUCAAGUAACUGACAUAGGAUAUGCGCAGAUUGUGGAGCACCUCGGAAGGGUAUGAUCAAUUUUCAGCAAGUUUCAGUCAUACUUGUCUCAGCAAAACAGUAAUUGUAUUUGCCAAGCUAAUUGAUAGUAAGUCAGUAAGUUAGCCAUCCGUGGACACCAAUUUCAUUUUUGCCUUAUACGCACUCUUGCAGAUCGAAGUAAACAAGCAUUUCCGAGUACAAAGCCUUUUAAUGUCCAAUUUACGGUGUUUUAGAGAGUGUUAAAAGGGCAUAUUUUAAGAUUCAACUUCUUUUUCUAGGUCCACUUUAUGAUCGAGCCUUUCUGCGUAAUUCUUAAAAGGACUCUGUCAAAACAGCAUCCACUGAACCAAAUCCUCAGGUUUCACUGCAGAGAGCUGACUGUUCCAAAUACUUUUGGAGUUCCCAACCUUGUAAACGAAAACGGACUCACAGAUCGACUGUUUGCAUAUGGAAACAAGGGGUCAUUCAGAAUGCUUAAAGACACAUACCCUUUAUCCACUUGGGAAAUAACCGACUACCGAGGCAAUAUUAAGGUACGUCAGUAGAACUCGCCUGUGAGUGAAGCUCUUGCUAAAAUUUACUACAUAUUUGGCAUAAAAUUAUCAUCAAGAAUUCCCUUUGACUCGAAACUUAAUCUCUAAUCAGCUUUAUCCCUUAUAUCUAGUCAUAAUGUAACCCUAACCAGUUUAUCCUGUUUAAAGAUCAACACAAAUAUUCAGUUGACACACUGUCUACACGUGAACGUGAAAGAAAUGCAGCUGUGGAAAGCAGGUUCUCUAUUAGAUUUCAGAGCGCAACAACAGGGAAAAGCUGCUUUAAAACACACCUAUAAACAGUAGACGAUUUAGAGUAAGGACUUUGACCUGCGUAUUGUAAUCUAACUGAAAGCUUAUUGAAAGUGCCCAUAAUAUUUCAUUAAUUCUUACGCGACAAUCCCAUUACCCUGCGAAAAAAACCGUUUCUCCUCGUUCCUCGCGGUCUGGGACGUUUCGUCAGGCGAGGCGUCUGCACCUCAGCGACAGAAAUUCCUGCUAAUGACGUAAAAUCUGCCUGGAAUCUGGGUAGGAGCUCUGAUUGGUGCACGUUGUAGUUAUACUGUCUUAGCUAUUGUUUACGAAUGACAGACAAAAGGCCACAAAGGUCACAUGAAUCUUUUACUAAACAGUCAAUAUUCGUGGAAUAUAUUCUUCUCUAGAAGAAGCGUUUGAGUUUUGCUGCAGUUCGUUCACAGAUGAACGCAAACUUACCAAAAUUGACCAGGAGAAACAUAAAAUCGAACAAAUUUGCAUUUGGAACCCCAUGACAACCGGAUUAUCCAGUGUACAGCCGCCCCCUCCCCUCAAGAAAAAACUGGGGAGAUCUUUCUCUCUCUCCCCGAUUUUUUCUGAGGGGAGGGGGGCGUCUGUACACAGGCUACUAAAGGAUUUAUUACAUUAAUUUACGUCAUCAGUAUGGAAUUUCUGUCGCUGAGACGCAGACGUUCCUCCUGUAUAAAAGCUUGAUUAACAAUGCAAACUACAUUGCAAAGAAAUCUUUACUCAUUAAGCAAACGGAGAACUUUAUUUCCCUAUCUUAUUUCACUAGAAACGCGGACUCGAUGAUAAAAGACUUCUUCCCUUCUUUCCUUUUCGAGAUGACGGCUAUAAGAUUUUGGAAGUCAUUGAACAGAUGGUGAAGGAUUACGUUACAAUGUAAGCUAGCACACUGAUGUAAUAGAUGGAAUAAAAUGAAAGGAUAAUCUUUGCCUCAGCUUAGGAGCACCCAAUCGAGCCGUUUACCGUUCUCCUUCCAGUACAAAAGCAAAUAUUUAAUAUGCGUCUUUGUUUCAUUCUCUUUAUUUCAAUCACUGAAGACAGCAGGCUACUGUUUAGCAGUUGUACUUGGCUUGUCGUCUGGGCUAGAUGUACUUCAUUCAACUCGGUAUUUUAAUGGAGCAAUGUCACUGUUGUUUAAUCCCGUGUUGAAGUCAUUAGUUAGUGCCUCUACCCAUCCAUAACAUGACCUGCAGGGUUAUGAGAAGUUAUCAAACAAAUUUUAUCAGAGAGAACUAAUCAUAGUAGCUUUCUUGGUGACAUUUGCUGGCAGUGGCGUUAAAACUGACUUGAAAACAAACGUUGGCCCAACUUUUUUUAAGUUUGAUCCAUACCCAUCCUUCCUAUCCUUAGUAACAGAAGGCAGAAGACAGUUUCAAUGCCUAUGAGUCUUAAGUAACGAUGAAAUUAGGGCAUUAUUUUUGGAAUUCAUUUAACGCAAAGAUACGUUUUAGCUCUUUAAAAAGAUAGCAAAUAGCUUGACAAAGACCCUGUACUAAACUCUAUUAGGCCAUCUUUCAAAUAACAUCACUACAUACGUCCAAGCGAAUCAUAAAAGACCAUUAAAUUGUCAAGGAGCAGAACGUGAAACCCAGUUAAUUAAAUACUCAGCCUUAAAAUCGAUAAGGAGAACAAAACCAACAACCGUGGUCUUACUCAAAUUGAUAACAUGUAAUUUUAUAUUUAUUUAGGUAUUAUGAGGACGACAAAGAAGUAAAAGAAGAUACAGAACUUCAAGAUUACGUCAAUGAACUGUCUCUAGACGGAACAGGGCCGAAUGGCGGCAUUGGCAGGGUAAAGACUAUAUAAGAUAUAUCAAGGACAACCAAGGACUUUUUUUCCGUAAAAUUACUGUUCGAAGCAGCCGUCAUUACCCAGCAAUCUCUUAUAGGUAACCGUUCCAUUCAUAUAUUAAGCUCUAAAAUUCCGAAUAUCCUAUUUUCAGGGUUUUUUUGCUACUGAACUCGUGCACCUUCGAUUUUUGGAAGUUGAGUUUUUCAAAUAUUACUACCAAGAUUUCGACUUUACAGUUAAUAAAAUGGUCCCUGGAAAUCUCAUUAGAGAGACAAAACGUAACCCAGAUUUCCUAUACUUCUAAUAAAAACACGGCUAUUCCAUGUCCUCGAAAUUUCGUCUGGACCCAUCGGGGUAGAAACAUUUUGGGAUGAGACGGAAAACCCAGCUAAAACUUUACAGACGUUGUCCAAAGUUCCCCUAACACAUCCAAACAGGUAAGUAGCUUUUCGACCAGCUUCAAAUAACCCAAAAAGGCUUCUAAAGCGAAGAGAAAAUCAUUUUAGACACCUCUGUCGCAUUUGAAAACAUUCGGUCGUUGGGUGAUAUAUUCCAAGAUAAGAUGAAAAAAGAUUCAAAGCGUAUUUUCAUACCAAUGAUAAUUAUUUGCUCAGACAUCGAAGAGAAAUAUUUCAUUCUUCAUUCCGUUCAAGGGCUUUGCAAAACAGCAUGCACGGAAAUUUUUCUUUACGAAUGGCAUUCGUAACGAAAAAUCUCGGACACAGAGAAAAACAGUUCAUCAGUCUACCUUACUUAUACAAGAAUUUUUUCAGGUGUCCCUGUGUAUAUUUUACCUAUUACUGUGUUUCCCAACGUUAAACAAAGGUAGUGAAACAUGAGAAACACAACUUUUCAGGAUCACAAACAUUUAUUUCUUUGCUUGUUCUUUCCCUUAAAAUUCUAAAAUCUUCCUCCUGAUCGGAGCUUGGUUGUACAGCCAGUUCUGCGAAAGCUAAAAGUGGAUGUGGUAGCCUAUGCCACCGUUUAACGUGGUUUGAACUAAACUCUGCUUAAAACCGUCUGCGAAACAGACUCGAAAUCUUUGCUCUGGGGCCUCACCUGUGUUACCUGAAGACUUGAGUACGUUCCAUGAUUGGCCUGUUAAAAAUGGCAUCGUCGAAAUGCAAAUAAGGUUAAAAGGAAAUUCGAAUCGCACUUCCGGUAAUUCGUUGAAUCCGUUGGGGGCCCGGGACAAAGGUAUCGGCGCCGCUUCGCAGACGUUACUAACUGGAAUCAGAUAACGUCUACAACGCAGGCUAGGGAUGUGGGAAAUCAGGGGAAAAACAGUGUGUUAAGGCAAAGAAUUUGGACAGGGAGAGAGAGAAUUCAGUCAAAAACAUUAGGAAAGAUUCAGUCUCGGGCAGACAACAGUGUUGGAACUUCUCAGAGAAUUCGGUGAUUUCAGAGUAUUUCUGUCAUUCAACUGAAUCAAGAGACAAUUGCUACUACUGACAAUUAGGACAUUUCAGACUGCAGUAGUUAAGUAAUCCACUUGUGUUCUUGUGUUAUUAUUUAAAACAGAUUCAAGGUUUUCCUAAAAGCAUCGGUACCAAGAGGCAGCUUUGCGAAAUUCUAAGCCGCUUUCUCUCCCACGUGACGAUAUACCACGCUGCCGUUAAUUACGUAGUAGUUGACUAUGGACAAUACAUUCCAAACCAACCGACCAAGCUCUACAAUGACUCCAGGGUAGAAGUGGGAGAAUUUUCGGUUUACCGCCUACCAAACAGGCUGACAACUGCGGUAAGUGGGAUUCUUAUUAUGAAACAUUGUUAGUUUCGUUAUUUUAAGCUUCCUUGACAAGAAACGCAUUCUAUCUGAGCAUCAAUGUAUUUAACGCGAAAGUACCAUUUGGGGACACUAUUUUUUACGUUUCCAACUGGAGAUGCGGCCGCUAUCUUACAUGAUCAUCCCAGCUAUGCGAAGCAGUGUAAUCGCUUGCAAUGCAAAGGGAGUACCUUAGUCUUUAAGGUCCCGGGAAUCGAACCCGCGACCUCCGCUCUGCAGUCAAGCGCUCUGUCGACUGAACUAAUCCUGCUGCAGUUAUAAAAAGAAAUGAAAAGCAAAAAAAUGUAAGUGCCAAAGUUAUAGUUUUCAUACCUCAAUAGCUAUUAUUGACUCCUCGGUAGUUGUAAUUAAUGAAACUUCGUCAUCAAAAUCUGUGCUAUAAAAGUUUUCCUCCGACAACUUGAUGUUUUGCAUUGAUUGGAAUUUCAUACUCAGUCCGUUCUUUGGAGCAUCGCGUUCUGUGUUUAGUGUAUUCCAGAACAGACCAUGAUGACAUUGUUAGUGUAAUUUUAAAUUAUUGUGUUUGAAAAUUUCAGAUCCAUUCCAGUGCUUUCAAUACGCUUGGAAUAUUCCGCCUCGACCGCUUGUUUGACUACGGCAACUCUCUUGAGGACACCGACGCUGUCAAUCUUAUUAACCGUUACUAUAGUAAGCUAAUGCAAGAUGUCCAGCCUAAAUUACAGAGUCUAAACCGGAAAAGGAAGGAUGGCGGAGAUCUGACCUAUCCUUAUUUUAUUCCCAAGUGGUUGCCGAACGGAAUUCAGACAUAA